AAUCAUCGAUUUUUUUUUCUUCAACAAAGAAGUCGAGUUUCCUCUAAACAGCAAUAAAAUUAACAAAAAUUCUUCGAAAUUCCUGGAUUAAACCUAAAAUUAUUCAUAAUAUUAAGUUACUAAUUGAAUAAGGAUAAAAGUAAAGUUCAGAGUUGUGAUAAAAGUGAUAAAUUUAUUGAGAAAUACGGAAAACAUGAAAUUUGCGCAAUAGUCAACAACAAAGUGAAAGUCAAUCGAACGAAAAACAGAAGGAAAAAAAUAAAUAAACUAAAAAUAGCUCCACUAGACCAAAAAGCUACUCAAAGAAGUUGGAAAUUGCCAGACAAAAACCCAAAUCAAUUAAAAGCAUUGAAUAUUGUUCAGUUUAAGACGCAAUUUAAAGUCAAACAGAUUAGUUGCAAGACAUUUCAAUUAAUUUUCAUCUCCGCAAGAGAAAAAAAAACUUUCUGCUUUUUACUAAGAAAAAUGCCAUUCAUCUCAAAGGAUUGGAGGUCGUAUGGCGAAGAAUGGGUCAAGACUGAUGAAGGAAAUUGGGAAAAACUUAAAGUACUCGAGUGCGAAACUAAAAGAAGCGCAACAGAUGGACAAGAUGAAGCUCAACUAGAUUCGGUCCCACCACCACAUUGUCAGAUUGUUUUGCGUUGUACUAGAGAAAUUGCGGGUUUCAAUGGUCUUGGGGAUGCUGUUAAGCGUUUAGAUUUCCGGUCUUCCGUACGAAAUCAAAGAAGAUUUCAAUACAUCUGCGCACUUUUGAAGCUAUUGGUGUCAGGCGAAGCUGCAAUGACAAGCUUAUCAGGAGGUGCUCAACGAAUUCUUCUUCAAAUGAUUGAAGAAGUUGCAAUUCAUGUCAGCGAUAGCAAGCAACAUAUUAACACUUUAAGAGGCUUAGUUGAUCAAUUGCGGUUGUUGGUUGAACAAGAAAAUCAAAAGUGUUGGGGAAAACCAUUAGGCAGUCAAAAUCUGUGGGUUGCACAUCUCCAAACAAUCGAACGUAUUCAGAGAAUUGCUAGUCAAAUUGACAUACAACCAAAUUCCAAUAUUCAUCCACAUUUAACUGAUUUACCCGAAGAAUGUAUUAGAAAGAUAAUCUUGCAAAUGAGUGAUCACAAAGAUUUGGAAUCGGCAGCUUCAGCUUGGUCACUCAUGUCUUACAUUGUUCAGGAGCAAAGAAUUUGGAGGGAGUUAGCCAAGUUUCAUUUUAGCGAGCAACAAAUUGAUACUGUGCUCGUAAGAUUGAGUUUGGAAGAUACUCCAGAACGUCAUCGUAAUUGGCAUGCGAUUUAUCAUAAUCUCAGAAAGAAAUAUGGAUUGCGUGAUGACUUCCAAUACACUGAAGUUUUGGCCUUGUGUCGUUUCUGUACUUGCUUGUUUUGGCCUUCCAUGGGUCAUCCUUGUAUCGCCGAAAAUCCAGAAUUCCGCGAAAAAUUAGAGAAAGCAGGCGUUUCUCAUGACUCCCAAACCCAACUUGUUCCACCACAACAGUUCUUGAAAUAUUUCUCAUUUAAGCAAAAACGUAAAUAUGAGCGGAAUAUUAAAGUGCUCAACGUUAUUCGCGAAAAAUACACAGAAUAUUAAACCUCAAUAAUUUAUUUCUUUUUAAAGUUGAAAGCAGUUUCAGCAAGUUCAACAAGAAACCUUCACUUCACAGUUGGUUCCAACAAUUCAAAGGCAAACAGUGAUGCGAUAUCAACUUCUUAUCAAGUAAUCGAUCAUGAAUAUGAUGCAGUUGUUGUUGGUGCAGGCGGUGCUGGACUUCGAGCAGCUUUCGGUCUUGUUGCCGAAGGCUUCAAAACUGCUGUUGUAACGAAACUUUUUCCCACAAGAUCGCACACAGUUGCUGCUCAAGGCGGCAUCAAUGCAGCUCUUGGAAAUAUGGAGAAUGAUGAUUGGAAAUGGCACAUGUACGAUACAGUGAAAGGUUCUGAUUGGCUUGGAGAUCAAGACGCAAUUCAUUACAUGACCCGCGAAGCUCCCAAAGCUGUCAUAGAAUUAGAAAAUUACGGUAUGCCAUUUUCACGUACAACUGAUGGUAAAAUCUACCAACGUGCUUUUGGUGGUCAAAGUUACAAUUAUGGAAAAGGCGGACAAGCUCAUAGAUGUUGUUGUGUCGCUGACAGAACUGGACAUUCACUUCUCCACACUCUUUACGGACAAUCUUUAAGUUACAAUUGCAAUUAUUUCAUUGAAUAUUUCGCCAUGGAUCUGAUUAUGCAAAAUGGAGAAUGUCGUGGUGUAAUUGCCUUAAAUUUAGAAGAUGGUUCGAUUCAUCGAUUCCGCGCAAAAAAUACUGUCCUUGCCACGGGUGGUUAUGGACGUGCGUAUUUCUCAUGUACAUCAGCACACACAUGUACUGGUGAUGGAACAGCGAUGGUUGCAAGAGCUGGACUUCCUUCAGAAGAUUUGGAGUUCGUUCAAUUCCAUCCAACAGGCAUUUACGGUGCUGGUUGUUUGAUCACUGAAGGAUGUCGUGGUGAAGGCGGUUAUCUCAUCAAUUCUCAGGGAGAACGAUUCAUGGAACGUUAUGCACCAGUCGCUAAGGAUCUUGCAUCCCGUGACGUUGUUUCUCGUUCAAUGACAAUUGAAAUUCGUGAAGGUCGUGGAUGUGGACCCGAUAAGGAUCAUGUUUUCUUGCAGUUGCAUCAUUUGCCCCCAGAGCAACUUGCACAACGUUUACCUGGAAUUUCUGAAACUGCGAUGAUCUUUGCUGGCGUUGAUGUCACUCGUGAACCGAUUCCUGUUCUGCCGACUGUCCAUUACAACAUGGGCGGUGUUCCGACGAAUUAUCGCGGUCAAGUUCUUACGAUUAACAAAAAUGGUGACGAUCAAAUUGUUCCUGGACUUUAUGCAUGUGGUGAAGCUGCCUGUUCAUCAGUUCACGGAGCAAAUCGUUUGGGAGCUAAUUCACUUCUCGAUCUUGUUGUGUUUGGACGUGCAUGUGCCAAGACCAUUUCAGAAGAACAUCGUCCUGGUGAGAAAGUUGCAGCACUUCCUGACAAUGCUGGAGAAGAAUCAGUCGCGAAUCUUGAUUGGGUGCGAAAUGCCAAUGGAACAAUUCCAACAGCAGAUUUACGUUUGAAUAUGCAGAAGACGAUGCAAAAUCAUGCAGCUGUGUUCCGUGAAGAGAAGACACUCAAGGAAGGUGUGCAGAAAAUGAGCAGCAUCUACAAAUCCAUCAAAGAUGUCAAAGUGUCUGAUCGUUCAUUGAUUUGGAAUUCGGAUCUUGUUGAGACUCUUGAGUUACAAAAUCUUUUAUUGAAUGCAAACAUGACGAUUGUGUCAGCUGAGAAUCGAAAGGAAUCACGUGGUGCACACGCUCGUGAAGAUUACAAAGAUCGUAGCGAUGAAUAUGAUUACAGUAAGCCACUUGAAGGACAACAGAAGAAACCAAUAACAGAACAUUGGCGCAAACACACACUCACGUGGAUUAACAAUGACACCGGCGACGUUCACAUUGACUACCGACCCGUCAUUGAUCACACAUUGGGUGAAGAAGAAUGCAAAACAGUCCCACCAGCAAUUCGUUCAUAUUAAUUUAUUUCUUUUUUUACUAAAUCCGUCAUUUGAUUGGAAAAAAUCCUUACGAUGCACUUAAUUAUUUAUCAUCUUCAAUUUGUCCUUAUUUUUCAUCUUUUUAAUUCAUUUGAACUGCAAAGUAUUAUUUGAAGUCAAAAAAAAAGAAUUUUUGUUCCACCCUACCUAAGUCAAGUCAGGUUAUAGCUUUGUACUUAGUGCUUAAAUUAUGUGAAGUGAGUCUUAAUUACUGAUGACAGCACUUAAGCAGCCAGUUUUGCGUCCCUUAAUCACUUUUUUAAUUAAUACGAAAACGCUUAAAUUAAUUGCUUCAUUAGGAAACUUUCAGUAGAUGAGAGAAGUCAUUUUGUUUGUUACAGAGUUUGAAACUUUCUUUUAUGUUGGUUACAAAUUUAAUUAUCUCAUAGCUAAAUAGGAGUUUGAUUUCAUCGAGAUAAUUAAAUUUAUAAAACAUGAGAAUAGUUAAGAAUAGCUUCAAAAUCUGUCUCCGAUUGAACUAUGCAGUAUCCCCAAAUGAAUUUAUUCUUUAAUGCGAAGUCAUAAAAGUUUAUGAAUCGAUAAUUUGUACGAUAAACCAGUUGAACAAAUUCGACAAAAAAUCUUAAAUAAAAACAUAAAAUCUCAGCGAA